AAGCACCGACGUUCAUAAGCAGAGCGAGCCUCGAACGUCAAACAAACGGAUUAAGUCGAUGUACCGAGACAUUAAAGUCCAAGUAGACAAACAUCCAAUUAAAGGAGGCCGCGAAACCAAAGACAGGGAGAUACUAAAUCCCCAUGCAAGCGGUAAACAAAAAAAGGACCUUCAAUAAAAAUAUCAAGUUCAUUCAAGUGAACCUCCAUCACGCAAAGGGGGCAUCAGCCGUACUUUGCAAAAGGUUCACGGAGAGCAAACUGGAUGUCGCAUUCAUCCAGGAGCCAUGGGCAAUAAAUAGUAGGAUACUUGGAAUAACUACAAAUUUCAAAUUCAUCAAAAGAGAUAUUGCUGCGGUCAUGAUGGAGGUGCCAACAGCCCAUGGGACAACGGUAAUAUAUGUUGCUUCAGCAUACUUUCCCGGCGACGUGGGCGAUGUACCUCCACCAGAAGUAGCAGCUUUCGUUUCUUAUUGUAAGAAACAAAACAAGUCGUUCAUAAUUGGCUGUGAUGCCAAUGCUCAUCAUACCGUAUGGGCCAGCACGGACAUCAACAACAGAGGUGAGUACCUUUUGGAUUACAUUUCUAAAAAUGAAAUAGAUAUAUGUAAUAGAGGAGAUGCUCCAACAUUCAUGAACGCAGUAAGGCAGGAAGUUCUUGACUUAACGCUGUGUAGUCCAUUCAUUUCGGACAAUAUAAAUAACUGGCAUGUUUCAAGUGAAGAAUCCUUGUCAGAUCAUAAACAUAUCAUUUUUGAGUAUGAGGCUGGAAAACAACUCACACAAUAUAUCAAAGAUCCCAGAAAAACUGAUUGGGAGCUAUAUAAUUCUAAGUUAGAUGCCGAAAAAAUAUAUUUGUAUCUAACUUAA